GGCCUUGCAUAACACACGUUGGAGCAGCCUUGCACGCAGGACUUGGUGUGAGCUUCAUCAGUGGGGAACUUCCUUUACCGUCAUCAGCCCCGGUGCAGAGGAGUCCUAACCCAGGCAGGUAGAACACAGGCUGCUGCUGGAGGAGGAGGAGAACAAGAAGAAGAAGAGGAAGAAGCAGAAGUAAAAGAACAGCACAAAGGAGAGAUUCAGGAAGAGGAGUCCUAGGAAACACGUCUCUAACACACACACACACACACACACACACAUACACACUGGGAGGCAGGAAGAAUCCUUGGACAUGCUCUGCAAGCAGUGGCUGUGGAGAGACUGAUUCCUGCUGACAUUGUGGAAGAGGCACAUGAGUGAGACAUGAUUCCUCAUGAAAUCUAUGGAGCUCAUUUUGUGAGCUGGAGUGACUCCACCCUCUCUACUCUGCGACCUGGAGUUAUCAACCAGUGAAACCAUCAAGAGGCAGAGCCUUACAGCACUAACAGAGGCCGGUGGAUGCACAUAACCACUGCGUGAAGAAGAGAGAAAAAAGACAGUUUCAGAAGAAUUCAUAACACCAGGGAAUAUUAAAACCACUUUGGCAGAAUGAAAUCCAACCAGGAGAGGAGUAAUGGAUGCCUGCCUCCUAAGAAGCGUGAGAUCUUGGCUCUGGAGCAGAGGCCAGUGGUAGUUGCCACAGCAGCACCUCCAGCUGCUGUAGCUGCUGAUAACGCCCACACAGAAAAUCUAGCAUGGCUGGCGAGUGUGGCCAGUGAACGCUGCAAAUCCAGAGACUCAGAGAGCCCAAGAUGUCCUGUCUCCUCUGCAUCUUCAUCAUCUCCCUCUUCUUCGAUCCCUUCCUCGGCCACUCCUCUGUCUGCGGUACCUCUGGCUUCUCUGCCUACAGUUUACCCCACAGCUCUACCACAACAGGCUGGGACUAUUCAGUUUGCUCAGCUGGGGCCUAAUGUUCAGUUCAUCAGCUCUGGGCCCUAUGCUGGCUAUAUAUCCUCUCACAUCAUCUCCACCAAUACUAGCUCUGCCCCUAACAGCUCUGCCAUAGCAGGCCAGCGUCCUCAGCUAGAUGGUUAUACCACUGCCCUCAUCUCCCCAAACACUAAAGGUGAGCCACAGUUUCAAAUGGGAGUCUCGCCCACUGAACUGACUCCUGUGUCACUGUCAAAUUCUCCCCAAGUCACCAGCCAGUACAUCCAUCUGGACAGCAGAGCUCCUCUGACUGUCAGCGGAAGUGCUGUGACUUCACCCACAGCCCACCUCCAGCUCCACCCUCAUACCGCCGUCCUACCACAAACUCUUACCCUCGCUCCCUCCCAGCUGGUUGUCCAAUAUACAGAUGGUUCGGCUGGAAAGAAACCAGAGGGGCACGCUAAAGGGCUGCUCAACGGGGAACUGGAGGUGGUAAAACAGACUAAAGCUUCUGCUCAACCGGUGAACCAUCAGCAGGUCCAGAGUUAUGAGGCCAGGCAUAUCCUCCUGCCUGCAGACUAUGGCCAGAACCCCUCUGGGCUCCAGACUUCAUUGGUUCUGGUGGCUCAGCCCAACCAUGGAGCUGAUCAUGAACCUGGCCCAAAUAAGAUCUCCCUAGUCCAAACUGAAAAGGGUGGCAUCUGUUUGGGGAAACCAGUGUCCAGAUCUUCUUCUUUUACCCCCCUCCCUUCCUCAGAGGUAGUGAAAUCUGUUGCCCCUCAUACAGUCAUCCAAACCACUCUAGCCCCUGAGGAGCUGCCUGCCAACCUCUAUUCCUCCACGCAGCCACCCAUCAUUGGCUACAUCACCAGCGCGAAUCAGCAUGCUGUCAGCUACCACGCGGCGCUGCCCCAGCAUCUGGUCAUCCCAAGUGGCCAGUCCCUCCUAAUCCCAGUCAGCGGCACCAAUAAUGGUACAGAAAUGGAGGUUAGUCGUACUGUAAGUGCCCUGACUGCUACCACUACCCCUCAGAUAUCCACCGCUAUGCCACAUGCCUAUCUGGCCACAGCCCUUUCAAAGUGUGAAGCGCUUGCACCAGAUGGGCAUCAGCCACCCCCUGCUGUCGCGCAGGCUCCAGCACCACCAGUCCUGCCCUCAAACCCGGCUCCUGCGGUAGUGGCGGCUCCCUCCCCAGCACCAGGUCCUGUUCCCGCUCCUGCCCCUGUUUCAAUCCAAGCGUCACCCUCCAUUUCCUCUUCCUCUUCUCCUGUGGCGCUUCCUCCAUUCUUUAUGCGAGGCUCCAUCAUCCAGCUGGCUGAUGGAGAGCUGAAGCGCGUCGAGGACCUCAAGACAGAGGACUUCAUCCAGAGUGCUGAGAUUAGCAGUGAGUUGAAGAUUGACUCCAGCACUGUUGAGCGUAUUGACAGUGGGCAAACACCUAAUGCUGUGGUUAUACAGUUUUCUGUGGGAGAGUUAAAAGCCCAGGUGUGUGUGGAGGUGCUGGUGGAGUACCCCUUCUUUGUAUUUGGACAGGGGUGGUCGUCUUGCUGCCCUGACCGGACAACCCAGCUGUUUGAGCUCUCAUGUGCUAAGCUGUGUGUUGGUGAUGUGUGUGUGUCACUCACCCUCCGUGGACUAAGGAACGGUUCAGUAAUUGACAGCCAGGCUUUGGGUACAAAGCUGAAGACCACUGAGCUCUCUGACUCCUGUCAUAACGCUGCAGGCAGUGGUUCUGGCCUCCUCGUAAAGGCUGCCAAUCCAGACAGGCUAGAGAAGGAGCACGUAACUGGACCAGGACCAGGGCUUGAGGUGUCGCCAGGACUGGGACUUGUUUCUGGACCAGGGGAGGGGAUCUACAGAGCAGGACCACUGUUGGCUGUCUUGGGGAACAGAGAAGUAAGACAGGAAGUAGUGAAAACAGACAAAAUGCAGUGUGGUGAUCAGGACAGACCAGUAGUCCGCAAGAGACGUUGGUCGGCUCCAGAACGAGAUCAGACUGAGAGAUCUGAGGAGGAACCUCCGCUGACUCUACCCAAACCCUCCUUCAUCCCUCAGGAGGUUAAAAUCAGCAUAGAGGGCCACUCCAGUACAGGGAGUGAAAGGUGCUUGAACAAAUGAGUAGACUGUUGAAAGAACAUUAAUCACCUGUGGUUUGCUUUGUGUUUAUCCCUUCUCUUUUCUCUCUAUCCAGACUACUGUAAUAUAUAAGUUUACACACUAUUUACAUGGUUUCCUUUCUUUCACAAAAGUCUGGUGAAGUAUAGAAGAACACCUCAACUAAGAGGUAUCACACUCGAGAUCAGUGCAAUCAAUGCUUAAAGCUAAAAUGAAUGCAGCCUGAAUGUUGUGUAUGAAUGGCACUCGGACUCCAGAGAGAUAUUGGACUUGCAUAUCACCUAUCAUAAGCUGGAUCUCCUUUGUUGUGUGGCUUAAACCUGUUGGAUGCAGACCAGUCAACCAUUCCUUGUUAUCACUACAAGCACAGACCUGAUGUCAGCAGGUAGAAAGUGGGUAACAAAACGUUGUCUUUCACGCUGUUUGUUUCACUGUUUGUUUGGAUUGUAGUGGGAUUAUAAGCAGUAGUGUGAAGCUGGAGACCGCUUUGGGUAUUUUUGUGACAAUGCUCAAUCAUAAUGGCUGUGACCUCUGCUGCCUUGUGUAUCUGAUGCUGUUGUGAGUUUGGUUUUGUUUCUCUUUCUUUUAUUUUCUUACCAUUACAGAUGCGUGGGUCACCGCAUCUCUUUGUGUGAAGCCUGUAUGUUGGUCUGUGUGUGUGUGUGUGUUUUCUUUUUCUAUGUAGCUGUAUGCAGUCAGAGCAGAGGUGUGUGUGUGUGGCUUAAAACUACGAGCUUAGCUGAGCUCAGUACAGCCAGCAAAUACCAAGAUUGAAAGGUCUGAAUGUAAACCACUGAACACUCGUCCUCAGUACUGGUUCAUAAAGUUAUGCAUGUGCUAUUUGCUACACCAAUGAUAAGUAUAUGCUUCUGCAAUUCCUCAGUCAAAUUUACAUUACUAAUUAAUAGCCACGUAUUUUCUUUUUAAGGACAGCAUGUGUCUCCAGUUUACAUCUGUCUUCAGCCCUGGCUGCUCUUUGCAGCAUUUCAGAUCUUUACAUAUAAGGAGAAAUCAACGUUUUUAUAUAUAAUACCUCUCAAUUAGUUUUAACUGUGUAUGGACUCAUUAUACUGCAAUAUAUGCUGUCUGUAGUGGACUAAAUAAGAUAAAAUAAUUUACUUAUUGACAUAAAAUGAUUACCUUCUUAUUCUAUUGCUUUAUUUACAGAAACUAUGGCCUUAGAUCUAUGUAACCAGUACACAGCAGCACAUUGUUUUAAGGUGUUAUCAUUAAAACUCCUUUUCCUGAAUGAUGGUAUGCUUUUCUUAAGUCCAUACCUCUUAUGAAAUAUUACUUCUGCGCAGUGUUUCUUGUUUUCAUUGAUAUAGUGUACGUGUCAUUUCUUUGUUAGAGUAGAGCCAAAAUAAAUCUUCUACAGUUCAUACUCAGGAACAGUGUGCAUCUGUAUGUGUGCGUAAACAGACAGUGAGUAUGAAGUGUGUGUGUUUUUAGGGCUUGAGACAGUACGUGCGUGUUCGCAGUCACGUGUUCGUGUGUGUUCUGAGCAGCAGCACUUUGAUGAAGCGUCCAGUGGGAGUGAGGUGGCAGUGUUGUCUUGUUCCUCAGCUGUUAAGACUGUUUCACGUCACAUCAUGUCCUGCAGGUUUUAUCUUUGAUUGAAAACAUUAUAUACCGGGGCAGGGAAUGUAAACACACAUUGGGCAAACUAUUUCAACUUUAUUUUUGAUGACUGAUAGAGCUACUAUUCAGAGAAAGACAGAGAGAGUUGUAGAGUUAACUAGCCAGCUAGUGUUGAACAUGUAUAGUAAAUUGUAUCUUAGAAAGUGUACAGUCUGUGUAUAGAUAUUCUAACCCUUAUGUAGCCUAUGUACUGUAUGUGCCACAGCGCCUCCUUCUUCAAUCAUUCCAUUAAUUCACCAAUAUCAAGUCGUUCUGCGAUCGUUUGUGUCAGUUCAGGUAUUGAUCUAAUGUUCAUGAAUGUGCUCCAGUUUUUUGGGAACAUCUACAUAAAAUCUUGGCCUCCUGAGAAUUCAUUUGACAUGCACACUCUAAGAAUAUGUGUUAAUAUGAGCUGAAAUUUAUCAUGAUAGCCAUUAACCUUUUAUAACUCCUGAACGGUGUUUAUUGUAAACCCAGUAACCAGACUGUUCUCUUCUGUUUGUGUUUGACUGCUCAGGCUAAACACUGCCCAGUGACUGUUCUCCUCCAAAAAUAUGUGGUCUUAUAUUCUUCACUGUUACAAAGUACAGCUACUGCUUCAUCAGUUUGUCUUUGGAGCCAUCUUCUUUCUGUGAACCUGGUCUAUAUUUGUAUUUCUUCAGCUAAAUUGUUUCAAAACACAGACCUGAAAUGAUACCCUGAUGCAGAUCUAUGAAAAUUGGGAUGGACACUUUAAGGCUUUGCACACACAGUUCCUCUGACAUUAAGAAAAGUGGAGCUAUUUAACAUGCUUGCACAAAUGUAAAAGAUAUUACACAAAAAAAAAAA